CGCGAGGAUAAAAGAGCAACUCACUGCGCGCACAGGUAUGUUGUUUGUUACGCGGAGGAGCGCGCAGUUGUCACGGUUCUGUAUUUUGUUAUAGGUAGUCACAGUCACAAAUGGUUGGACCCUUGGGAGCAGUCAAACCUUUGGUGGGAAUGGGCAGACCAGGGGGGCGUCCGGCUAACAUCGGCCUAGACCAGUAUUGCACCUCCUACAGACAAUCUUACAGUAAGGAGUUAUUCCAGUCAUGUCUCGGUCAUCAUUUUGGGACGGGUUACUCUGCCAACCACCGUCCUGUUCUGUACUACAGCUCCAGCCUGGAUCGCUAUGAUAAUCCACAGUUUGGUCUCUCAUUGUUGGACAGUUUUGAGUCUCAAACGAAGCGUCAUUACCAGCGUCUGGUUCUGCCCGACGGGACGGAGCCUUUGGCCUGCACAGGCUCCAGACACAGAGAGAGCGGAUAUUUGCAGCUCCAAGCUCAGCCAAGACCUAGAGCAGCGUCCUGUCAGACUGAAUAUAAAGCCACUUACAUUCCUCACCGCCUCAGAGUUUUGGUUGGACCCAUAGAAGAUAGUGGAUACACUAAGGAAGCCAGUCUACAGCCAAAUACCUUCCUCCCCCAAAAUAUUAGCAUGGAUGACGCUCGCAGGACACAGGAAAGUGUGAUGAAGACUGACUUCCUUCCCGGAUGUUUCCUUCAGGGCAGUGAAGCACUACCAAAACUUGCCUCUCGUGCACUUCGGGAAACUGGAUUUACAAGAGAAACCCAGAGGCCUCUGACCAGUUCAGCCUCUGUGCAGGGUGGUGUUGGUAAAGACAGUGGACAGAAGACUAGAACUGCUGAAGCUAGAUGGUCCAUUGGGCCAAUGGGCUCAUCAGGAUUCGUCCUGAACGCCCCCAACAUCACGAGCCUCUCACAUACACCAGCCGACCAGCAACACUUCCUCACACACUACCAAAGCAAGUUUUGUGAUAAAUCAUCAGUGAUGCCGCAGAGAUCAGAAUGGCUGAGAGGAGGCAUACAGAGACACAGAGAAAGCGGAUACAGUGGACGAGACACAGAUAGGUUUAAUCUUAGUGGAUUUAAUGUCCUAGCUUCACAAUAAACCUGAAAUAUUCAUUUCAACAUAAUACUGGCAAACUCUG